GAUCUUUCUAUACACGUUCAGCAAAAAAAAUAGAUCUUUGUAUGCACUCUAUCCUCCAGUCUCCCAGGGUCAACUAGUCUAAAACCAAUAACACGUGGCUUCUCACUAACCAUCCACCAAAUUCAAACACACCCUCGGCGCAUUUUGUCACACGCCACCUCAUCACCACCUACCCACCUUUAACGCCGCCUCUCUUCUCCAUAGUCCCCGCCACGAAGACCUAAACUUUCCUACUAUUAUAAAAACCCAACCAUUCAAAAACCCAAAAAACCAUGUCUGUUACUACCUCUCUCUCUCUCUCGCCCCAUGCGCACCUUAGCCCACUCCUCCCUCCCAUGUCUAUUUUACGCCGCCUCAACCUCCACAACCACCUAAAUCUCCGUAGCCGUAGCCGUAGCCGUAACCACCGCCUCUUUAGAAGCUUAGCCGUCGCAGCCGUACGUCAAGACACCACAGUCUGGACGCAAGCUCCGCUCACGGAAAUCGAGCCCGCCGCCGAGUCCUUGUUCCACGUCACCAUCGACGUGUCCGACGCGCCGGACCUCGCCGUGUCCCACACUCGCCCGGGGCAGUACCUUCAGCUCCGGGUCCCCGACGUCGAAAAGCCUUCCUUCCUAGCCAUCGCGUCGCCGCCUUCGCUCUCGGAAGCGCGCGGCGCAUUCGAGUUCCUGGUGAAGAGUGUGGCUGGCUCCACCGCUGAGCUCCUCUGUGGAUUGAAGAAAGGCGAUGUGGUUGAGCUCAGCCAGGUCAUGGGACGUGGAUUCGAUAUCGAUCGGGUCGACCCGCCCGAGUCAUUUCCUACGCUUCUCAUUUUCGCCACUGGAUCCGGAAUUAGUUCAAUCCGGUCUCUCAUUGAGUCAGGAUUUAGUGCUGAUAAGAGAUCUGAUGUGAGGCUUUAUUAUGGGGCAAGAAACCUUAAGCGAAUGGCUUAUCAGGAUAGAUUUAAAGAUUGGGAAUCUUCUGGGGUUAAGAUUGUGCCUGUUUUAUCACAACCAGAUGGCAACUGGACGGGUGAAAGUGGCUAUGUACAGGCUGCUUUUACUAGAGCCAAGCAAAUUUACAGCCCUCAAUCUACUGGUGUUGUGCUCUGUGGGCAGAAACAGAUGACUGAGGAAAUUACUUCAAUUCUUGUAGCAGAUGGCGUGUCAAGUGAGAAGAUAUUAAAGAACUUUUGACAAACUAGAUGUAGUUCAUAUUGUUGUAUUAUUGUUGAGCAACAGUUAGUGAUUUAUUUGUUCCAACCGCUGAAUAUUAUCUCAGCUUGGUGUAGAAAAUAAAACCAAUUUUGGGAUUUUUGAGCAUCUUAUUGUAUGUGUGGAUGGUGGAUGAAAACUGCCUCCCAAGCAAAGAUAAAUUAUAGAAAAUCCAUUCUUAAAGUUUUGUCAA